AGAGGGAUGCGGGCGGCAGAGCUCGAGAGGCGGCUGCCGGGCUGCGGGGCGCCUUGACUUUCCCUCCACCCUGCCUCCUCGGGCUCCGCUCGUCUGCCCCUGGACUCUCGUCUCCUCCUGUCUCCCGGCUUCUCAGAGCUCCCUCCUUAUGGCAGCAGCUUCCCGCGUCCCCGGCGCAGCUUCUCAGCGGAAGACCCUCUCGCUCCGGGGCUGAGCCCAGUCCCUGGAUGUUGCUGAAACUCUCGAGAUCAUGCGCGGGUUUGGCUGCUGCUUCCCCGCCGGGUGCCACUGCCACCGCCGCCGCCUCUGCUGCCGCCGUCCGCGGGAUGCUCAGUAGCCCGCUGCCCGGCCCCCGCGAUCCUGUGUUCCUCGGAAGCCGUUUGUUGCUGCAGAGUUGCGCGAACUAGUCAUGGUGCUGUGGGAGUCCCCGCGGCAGUGCAGCAGCUGGACACUUUGCGAGGGCUUUUGCUGGCUGCUGCUGCUGCCCGUCAUGCUACUCAUCGUAGCCCGCCCGGUGAAGCUCGCUGCUUUCCCUACCUCCUUAAGUGACUGCCAAACGCCCACCGGCUGGAAUUGCUCUGGUUAUGAUGACAGAGAAAAUGAUCUCUUCCUCUGUGACACCAACACCUGUAAAUUUGAUGGGGAAUGUUUAAGAAUUGGAGACACUGUGACUUGCGUCUGUCAGUUCAAGUGCAACAAUGACUAUGUGCCUGUGUGUGGCUCCAAUGGGGAGAGCUACCAGAAUGAGUGUUACCUGCGACAGGCUGCAUGCAAACAGCAGAGUGAGAUACUUGUGGUGUCAGAAGGAUCAUGUGCCACAGAUGCAGGAUCAGGAUCUGGAGAUGGAGUCCAUGAAGGCUCUGGAGAAACUAGUCAAAAGGAGACAUCCACCUGUGAUAUUUGCCAGUUUGGUGCAGAAUGUGAUGAAGAUGCCGAGGACGUCUGGUGUGUGUGUAAUAUUGACUGUUCUCAAACCAACUUCAAUCCCCUCUGCGCUUCUGAUGGGAAAUCUUAUGAUAAUGCAUGCCAAAUCAAAGAAGCAUCGUGUCAGAAACAGGAGAAAAUUGAAGUCAUGUCUUUGGGUCGAUGUCAAGAUAACACAACUACAACUACUAAGUCUGAAGAUGGGCAUUAUGCAAGAACAGAUUAUGCAGAGAAUGCUAACAAAUUAGAAGAAAGUGCCAGGGAACACCACAUACCUUGUCCGGAACAUUACAAUGGCUUCUGCAUGCAUGGGAAGUGUGAGCAUUCUAUCAAUAUGCAGGAGCCAUCUUGCAGGUGUGAUGCUGGUUAUACUGGACAACACUGUGAAAAAAAGGACUACAGUGUUCUAUACGUUGUUCCCGGUCCUGUACGGUUUCAGUAUGUCUUAAUCGCAGCUGUGAUUGGAACGAUUCAGAUUGCUGUCAUCUGUGUGGUGGUCCUCUGCAUCACAAGGAAAUGUCCCAGAAGCAACAGAAUUCACAGACAGAAGCAAAAUACAGGGCACUACAGUUCAGACAACACAACAAGAGCGUCCACGAGGUUAAUCUAAAGGGAGCAUGUUUCACAGUGGCUGGACUACCGAGAGCUUGGACUACACAAUACGGUAUUAUAGACAAAAGAAUAAGACAAGAGAUCUACACAUGUUGCCUUGCAUUUGUGGUAAUCUACACCAAUGAAAACAUGUACUACAGCUAUAUUUGAUUAUGUAUGGAUAUAUUUGAAAUAGUAUACAUUGUCUUGAUGUUUUUUCUGUAAUGUAAAUAAACUAUUUAUAUCACACAAUAUAGUUUUUUCUUUCCCAUGUAUUUGUUAUAUAUAAUAAAUACUCAGUGAUGAGAAAAAAUUGGCAUUCUUAAAUUUGCGGUAUCUCAUAACUGUAAAUAUAAUCAGACUAGUACAAUCUAUACAACUACCAAUAUUUCAUGUCUCUUCUCAUCUUGAGACAGCACAUUAGUUUGUACAGGGCUCAGUGGCUAAGUUUUGAGUGAUUCCAAGAUCAAGGGAAAUGAUGGUUAUUGGAAAAGAGAAAAAAUAAUUUACUUUAUAUCGAGUGAGGAUAAAAUAUUUCAGAUCUUUGAAUCAUCUCUAUUUCAUCAACUUUCUUCCCUGGUCUUCCAUUUUCAUCCCUAGAGCAGAAAAAUCUCUGGCAUAUAAACUAAAUAAAAGAAGAAGGGGAGGGAAAGUGUUUUAUAACUCAUAAAGGAGAGGGAAAGAAAAUAUUGGUUUUUAUUGGGGAAGUAGCUUAGAAUCCCCCAGUUAAGUGCAUAUAUCUGAAGGAUACUGAACAAGUUACAUACUAGGUAUACACAGAGUAGCAAAAUAUAUUCCAUUUAGGUGGGUGGAAUUACCAGGGGAAAAACGUAAUAACACCAUUAGAUGUGAAACACCAAAAUCGUGAAUUCUCAAAAGCACCAUACAAUAUUCAUAGUAUACGGUUCUUUGAAAAGAAGUUAGAAUCACAACCCAUACCCCAUGAAUAGCUUUAUGGCUAAUGCAGCACCAUAAUUUGUAAUGGAACUAAGAUGAUGACAGUAUUUCAUGAAAACAGAGAUAUGUUUUGAGCAUAUUUAUGUGGUGAGGUAAGAAAGAAAAUUAAUCUUAUAGCACCUGAAAGACCUCACUGGGAAGUUGGUAUGGAUUUUUGUUUGAUUUGUGCAUACAAAUAGGUAUCACAACUUGGUUUGGAAAAAAUAAGCUGUGAAAAUUCUCAAGGAAUAAGAUGAAAAUAAAUCAAUUAUUAUCAUUUAGCUCUGCAAAACUUUCCAUGGCUAACACAGUAAAUUUAAAUAAAGCUCUCUUUGUCUCCUUCAAAUAA